UCUUCACCUUCUGUCAACGUUCUAACACAACACUCGCUUCUUCGUCUUGUUAACGCCGCCCACCUACAGUCUCUCUUUUAUUUCUUCUUCGGCCUAACCUUCAGGCCAGUUUUGCACCAAUGGCCGCAAAUUAUGAUGCACUGGGUAGUCAGACCAGAGGUUCACCAUAUGGGUCUGGAGACCCAUACUACAACGAGUCGUCAGGGUACAUUACACCUGCUCGACCGCCCAAAAAGACAGUCAGUAAAUGGGUGAAGUUUGGUAUACCCGUCGCUGUCGUUGUUAUAGUUGGCGCAGUUUUGGGUGGGGUUUUGGGCAGUCGCUCAAGCAAAAACGCUUCAGCGAACUCGGCGGCGGCGGCCAGCGCUGCUGCUACCUCGGCUAUCAGUGCGAAGAAUGGUAUCGGUCGUUUUGCCACAGCAACAGACAGCCAGUACUUGGUGCCCAUAUACCCAAUGACUACUAACACCGCUGCAUUUACUACUCCUACAUUCGUCUCCACUACGAACACCAAUCUUGCCUGGCCGCAAGAUCCUUUCCAACCAUCCAACCCCAGCCCAACCCAAGUUCGUUCUGACAGACCUCGCCUCAUUGCUCCUGCAUACAUGUGGGACUCCCUUCCCAACCUCAUCCAACAUGAUCCCUAUCUUUCCGGUUGGAACGACACUAUUUUCAGCAACGCAACACAGUACAUGGCCCUGCCUCCCGUCGCAUAUUUCUUGGAUGGCGGUAAUGGUAUUUUGGAUCCUGCGCGUGAGAUCAAACAACGUGUCAAAGCAUUCUCCUACGCAUAUCGCUUAACCAACGACACGAAGUGGCUGGAUCGCACCUAUGUCGAGUUGCAGAAUGCAGCUGGUAAUCUGACUGGCGGUUGGGGUCCUGAUAAUUCCACGAAAUGGAACCCAGUUCACUUCCUCGACACUGCUGAGCUCACUGCAGCCUAUGCUAUCGCUUAUGACUGGUUGUAUGAUGCGUGGACACUUCCUCAAAGAAGCUCGAUCAUGACCACUAUGAUCACGUACGGGCUUAAUCUUGGGGUUACCGCUUACAGUAACGGCGACCCGGGUGCCUACGGCUGGUGGAACACCAACACAGAGGGCAAUUGGAACUGUGUUUGUAACAAUGGUCUUACCAUGGGUGCACUUUCCAUCCUCGGUGACGAUACCACGGGCAUCGCUGCACAACUUCUUGCCUUGACCGUCCCCAAUGCCCUCCAGAACUGUGCUCUUGCACCCUCGGGCGACGGCACAUGGUCUGAGACCGCCAACUACUGGUACUUCGGUACUACGGGUCAUGCUGAGAUGGCAUCUUCGUUGUUGACUGCUACUGGUUCUACAUAUGAUCUUCUGUCCGUCAAUCCUGCCUUUCAGUUGACCGGUCAAUACCACAUGUAUGUGUCCGGGCCCGGCUCCCUCUUCAACUACGGUGAUUGUGGUCCAAACAAGUAUUCCACCACCGCCAACUCCAUGAUGUUCUACGGCCAGCAGUAUGACAUGCCGCAGUACCAGCUUUUCCAACGUGAUCAGUUCGACGCUGCUGAACCAUGGAGCAUGUUCUGGUACAACCCUGCUGUCACCGGUGCUUUCUGGGAUGGUUUAGCACUCGACCACUUUUUUGAUAACAGCACUGAUCAAUGGGCCUCCAUGCGAUCCAGCUGGACAGACGAGAAUGCUCUUUAUGUUGCCGUUAAAGCAGGCAUGCUGCAGGGGCACCAGACACACAACGACCUUGAUUGCGGCGACUUUGUCGUUGAUGCUCUUGGUGUUCGUUGGUUCGGAGAGCUUGGGUCCGGGGACUACAAUUCAAUAGGCUACUUCAGCAAUGACAGUCAGAUCAGUGAGCGAUGGAUGUACUACCGCAAAAUGACGGAGGGCCAGAACACCAUUUUAGUCAACCAGCAGAACCAAAACGUCGCCGCCGCUCCGACUGUCAGACACGAUACCUCAGCUACAGUUCAAGGGUCCAGUACUGUGAUGAAUGUUCCUGGUGACUCCAGUGCCUACUUCGUUGCGGACCUGUCGAGUGCAUAUUUCGACGUUACCUCGUUCUCCCGUGGUGUUCAUUUGAUCAACGGACGCAAACAGGUACUCAUUCAGGAUGAGAUCAACGCUUCAGCCUCCAUUAUGUGGCGAGCACACACCAACGCAACUGUGGCCAUCAGUUCAGAUGGCUUCACGGCCACCCUUACCAUCGGUUCUGCGACCACCACUGUUCAACUGCUCAAUCCUCCAUCUGGCGCGGCGUUCACCACCAUGGAGCCUGUUCGGUUCGCUACUGAUCCUAUCCCCCCACAACCUGAUCAACCUAAUGAUGGUGUGACUGUCCUGGUGAUCAGUCUGCCUGCUGGCUCAUACACGUUGGAGGUGCUCAUUAAUCCACAAUGGCCAGGAAUGUCAUCGAGUUCAUAUAUCACCCCCGCCUCUGUGCCUCUGAGUCAGUGGUCGUUGACAAGCCCUUCUUCUUAGUUCAGAUUUUUCUUGGACACCUUUGUUGUUAUGCGGUGAUAGACGUUUACAAACAAGAUUGGAAUUUUCUUGAGUUGUAGGUAGUUCCACGUUCGUACGGAGCUUCACUGAUUAACCUACGUAUCGUUCCUUCCGUUGUGCUUUCGGAGUAUUGAUCAUUUACGAACGGGGACGGACACGUGUUGUAGUUAUACCGUCUGAAAACAAUUUGAGUUUUAGAUACUUAUUUAGCCUGGA